AUGACGCUAGCUAUAAUGCUAUAUACUUGUAAUUAUCAUGAUGUUGUUAAUUUUGUUGUUCCCGUGACUGUGCCGUUGUUGGUUGUUGUUGUUGUCGUUGGUGGGGUGGUGAUGGUGAUUAUUGUUAUUAUGAUGACCAUGAUAAGUUUUGUUCUUUUUCAAAAAACAAAGAAAGAAGAAGAGAUUGGUACACGAUCCUUCGCCUGUUGUCAAGAGUCUAAUUGCGAAGAACACACCAAACAACUUAGAAGACGGUUGAAGAUUAUCUUCAAUUCAGGGCUCAAGUGGAAGAAAAACGCAUGCAAUUUCCGUUUUAUGUACUGCUUCGUAUUCUUUGUGCAAAUCAUCAAGGUUGCUUUAAUAACUCACCAGAUGUUCCACUUUGCGGAUGAUAGAGGGAAAUUUAGCUCAGUUGUCAACAGAGGCGAUCUUGUCCUUCGACACCUUCUUUUAGAGCAUUGGGAUGCCAGCUGGGAAACGCUGCCAUAUCCUCGUGCACAAGGUGACUUUGCUGUGUAUACAAUAAAUGAACUCGAAAAUGGUAUCAACUAUGCAGUAAAAAACUUUUAUAACGCCGAAAGAGAAGCCAUUGGAUAUUACAUUCGCACAGCAGACGACAAAAUGACAGCAACAAUCAAGUAUUUCGACUUUCCCGGUUUUCAUGACAAUACGAGCAUUGAAGCCGAUAUAACAAUAUCUGAGAUAACGUUCCCCAUUGAGAAGGGACUUAUGGCAGAGAAAACAGUUGAAAAUGAGACGAUAUACAGUUAUGAUAUAACCCGUGAAUUCGAACAUUACAAUAUAUCGCAUCCAAUUAAAAGGAUGUUGUCAACAAUACUUUACUUUAAACUCCAUUCUGUACGUUCCAACGAAGACAGCAUGAAAGGAACAUGUCUACGAAUAGAGGGAAGUUUAGAGUUUGCAGAUAACGACAAUAAUGGGCAAGUUUUGGUUGACCUUAAAACAAGUUCUAAAAGAAUCAUUUGCAAAGAUAUGAAUUUAUCAAUAUCAGACUGGCAACUACAACACACUACAGUUCACGUUGGGGUUUCGGUGAUUAUACUGUCUUUCUCAUCAAUCGUGCUGACUGUUGUAUACCUGGUGUUUGUGCUGUGUACUUACUGUAGAACUAAACAAUAUAUGAAAAAACACUACAAGACUCACUACAAAGAUGACAAUGAGGAUCUACCAACAUCAGAGUACUGUCGCUUCUUUCCAUUUUGGGAUAUAAUCACUUUUUUGUCGGAUAUUUGUACUUCAAUUGGAACUUUUUUGAUAGUUCAUAAUGAUAAGCAUGGCGAAUGGUUGCUCGAGGAAUUAGAUUUAUACAUCAUGUUGUUGGGACUAGGUAGUUUGCUAGCAUGGCUAAGUUUGCUGAGGUUCUUCGAGUUUUAUUCAAGAUUCAACUUGUUAUUCAGAACGAUAUACAAAUCAUGUCCGGAUAUCAUUACUUACCUUAUUUGUGUAAGUGUGUUGUUUGUCGGUUUCCUUUUCUGUGGGUAUAUCGUCAUGGCCCCGUACCAUGUCAAGUUUAAAACACCGUCAGAUGCCGCAGAGACGUUAUUUUCUAUUAUAAACGGUGACGAGAUAUACACCACGCUGGCACUACUGGAGUCCGAAUGGAGUGGUGGUUACUGGGUGCGGUGGUUUUCAAGGUUAUACGUUGUAGCAUUCGUUGCUAUAUUUACAGUUCUUGGCAUCAAUCUCUUCAUAGCUCUUUUCCUGAAUGCAUAUGAAUCAAUAAAG